AUGGUCAGCAACGCGCGCCGGCCCGUCAGUCUUGUCGACUCGUUGAAAGUUCUGUUCUACGCGUCGUCCUUGCUCGGGCUGGUUCCGUACUCGCUGCGGGAGUUCUUUGCCAGGCACGCGCUCCGGAUUUCCAUCGUCGGAAAUGUGUGGGUGGUGUUCAACAUGGUAGGCUACUCGGCCAUGUACCAUCUGGCGACGGACGACUACAUCGGCGUUGGCGGGGGAGAACAAGGAUCCCUCACCAGCGCCAUCGGCAUCUUCAUCAUCUACAUGGAACCGCUGAUGAUGUGCAUCGAUCUGCUCGCGGCAAUCAUCAACCAAAAGCUGCUGAUCGAGUGCAUGGAACGACUCGAGAAGGUCGACGCUAAGCUGGCCAACGAGAACAUCACCGUCAACAACGCGCGCAUCCAGCGCUACAUCGUCGUCAUUCUGGUGCUGGUGCUGGUGUUCGAGUCCGUGCUGACCACGUACAACUUUGUCAAGUUUGCCGAGGCGUACACGCUGUGGUCGCUGAUCUGGUUCAUCACCGCAUUUCCCACGGGGAUCAAUUCGGUCAGUCGGCUUUGGUUUGUGGUGCUGGUGCUGGCGGUUCGGCACCGGUUUCAAGCCAUGAACAGCCACAUGGACGAGCUGGCGGGAAUGCUCGAGGAGCACAACGAGCGCUGGGAGGACGAGCUGGAGAUUGAGAAGCACGAGAUUCCGAUGAACUACUUGGAAAAGGAGAUUUUUACGAUUCGUAGUCACCGCAGGGGGGUUGUGCAUGGGAUGGUGCCGGUGAAGAAAUUUUCCAGUUCUACCAAAGUGAUCGAUGUGAAACCGUUUGAGAAGAAAAUUUCGGAAGAGAAAGCGAUCGCGCAGAAGCGGUCGAUGUUUGAGUUUUUGUCGUUCGAUAAGUACAUGAAGGUGGAUGAAAAGCUGGACAAGAAGAUGAUUUUGGUGUGUCGAACGCACGAUGAGUUGUGCGAAAUCGGAAAGUCCAUCAACUCAAUGUUUAGCUUUCAAAUGCUGGUUUCGAUGGCGCACGGCUUUAUGGCGAUUACGGCGCAGUUCUACUUUCUCUACUGUGCCCUCUCCCACCAGAGCGUUCCGGUUUUGUUCCGAUCGGCCCAGGUGCCGCAAAUCUCCGUCAUGUUGAUCUUCUACGUGGCCGUCAAGUGCGUCAUCUGCAUCUACGUGUGUUGGAAGACCAAAACCGAAUCCCAGCGGACUGGCGUCUUUAUGCACCAUCUGGCGAACAUCGUCGACGAGACGCACUUUUACCAGAUCGUCAACCAUCUCUCGCUGAAGCUGCUGAACCAUCAGCUUAACUUUAGCGCCUGCGGAUUCUUCGACCUGGACAUGACCACGCUGUAUGCGAUUACCGGUGCCAUCACCAGCUACCUGAUCAUUCUGAUUCAGUUCAAUCUGGCUGCGAUCCAGAAGGUGACCAACUCGACGACCACCGCAAAUGAAACGCUGACUACGGUGGCGCCGCUGCUCAAUCAGACCACCACUGCGGUGAGCACCGCGUUGAGCACCUACGUGGCGAAUCCUUAA